AUGUUUGUUGAUCAAUUGUCUUGCUCUUUGGGUAGUGGGAAGGAUAUGGCAUUUUGGCACAACAAAUGGGCCCUCAAUUACUCAUUGAAGGAGGUUUUUCCUAACCUGUACAUCCAUAGCGAAAAUUCAAGGAUUUCAGUUGUAAAGAUGGGCUGUUGGAUUGAUUCUGAGUGGGACUGGAUUUUCAACUACCCUAUUUUCCCUGCAGGUUCUGUGAUGGAAUGGGAGCUGGAGGAUUUUAGGGAUUUGAUUUUGAAGGUGAGUCCGAAUUAUGACGGUGAAUACACCUUUAAUUGGGACCCUACAGAUACUCAUCUAUUUUCUGUGUCAUAUUGCUAUGAAGUGAUUUUCCAGAAUAGAAUAGAUUUUAAAGUUAUAUCAGUCAUGAUUGAAGGUUUCACAGCAGUGUGGGCUUCGAAGAUACCGUCUAAUUUGCAGGUUUUUCUUUGGAGGAUGUUUAGGAAUUGUGAGGCUACCAAGGAUCAAUGGGUUAGAAGAAGAAUAGAUAUUGGAGGGGAGUCUUUGGAUUAUCGUCUAUGCGGAAAAGCUGUAGAAUCUAUUCAACAUGUAUUCAUAACCUGCGAUUUUUCUGUUAAGGUUUAA